AUGACGGACAAAUUGCCCCCUCCGCUCCUGGCGCUCUUCCAGCCGCGGCCGCCUCUCCGUUAUGUCACUCCCAUCGAGCGGGCCCCCGAAGACUGCAAGAAGAGUUCUAUUGGCGGCAUCGCGCAGUUCCUGCCCGAACUGAAGCAGUACGCCGAGGAGGUCCCUUACAAUGCGACAGAGAGCUGGAUUCAGCGCAAGUUGCGACAGAAGGUCGAGAAGAAGGAGAACUUGGAGAAGCAGCUCACAGAUGGAAUUCAAGAGUAUGAUCCGUCAAAUGACCAGCAAGCUCGCGGCGACCCGUUUAGGACCCUUUUCGUUGCCAGACUCAGCUAUGAUGUCAAGGAAUCGGACUUGGAGCGGGAGUUUGGCCGCUUUGGUCCUAUCGAGAGAAUUCGUAUUGUCAAGGACGGCGUCACACCUAAGGGAUCGAAGAAGGCGCAUAGAGGAUAUGCUUUUAUCGUGUACGAGCGCGAAAAGGACAUGAAAGCGGCCUACAAGGAGACUGAUGGCAUUCGCAUCAAGGACCGCCGUGUUCUGGUAGAUGUCGAGCGUGGCCGGACUGUCAAGGGCUGGAAGCCCCGUCGCUUCGGUGGCGGUCUCGGCGGCCGUGGUUACACCAAGGCUUUGCCUUCCCGGCCCAUUGGUCCCGGAUCCUUUAACGCGCCUUCGGGCCCCGGUGGCUUUGGAGGUGGUUUCCGAGGUGGUUUCGGCGGUGGCAGAGGCGGCAGGGGAGGCUUCCGUCAAGAUCGUGGUUUCGGACCUCGUGGCGGUGUUGGAUAUCAGGGAGGUCGCAACGGCUUCGGUGGACAGGCUCCUCCCAACGCUCCCUCCGGUCCGGGAGGCGGACGCAGUGGGGGCUUCGGUGGCCCCGGCGGCCCUGGCGGUGGUGGCAGGUUCGGACGUGAAGACCGCGGAGGCACUGGUAGCAACCGUGAACCCAUCAGAUCCCGCGACAACUUCGGUGAUCGCGAUCGCCGAGACCGUGACCGUGACCGCGAUGGUGGCGACCGCAACAGAGACCGUGAUAGGGACAGUCAUCGCUACCGCGAACGCGACCGUGACCGCGACCGCGAGCGCGACAGGUAUGGAGGCCGUGGCGACGACUACGGACGCAAGAGAUACCAUGAGGACGACUCGUACGAUGACCCACGCGCCAAGAGAAGAUACUGA